CCCGCCUAGAUUCUAUCGCUCUUGUGCACUCUAUUGGACGGGAUCUUCGUCUUGAGACCGCACAAGUCCAUCAGCCGGGGCCUUCGCACGCACCGCGUGCAACCGCAGUUCACAGCUCCACUGCUGGUGGCAGCGCUGUUGGCAUCGCUGACAAGCAUCUCGCCUUCUGUGUCCCGUUCUCGCUCGGAGUGCUCUGUCUCUGCUUGUGACUUCCAGGAGAUUUGAUAACCAGACGGAGCAGGCAUUCAUUCGCGCUUCUGCUCCCCAUCCAUUUGCUCUCAUCCUCUCGAUCGCGAGGGGUUUUGACUGCGACGCGCGGAGCUGAAUGGCAAAUUUGGCCUCUGUAAGCUCCCUCGCUCCACCUCGGACCCAGCUCUCCAUCCAGAGGCCGUCGACAGCACUGGACAGCAGCGACGAGGCGCGCACUGACACGUCCUCGUCACCCUCCAUGAACCCGGCGCGCUCGUCCGGCACCGACGCCAAAGGCCGCGGCAACGGCAGCGCAACAGCUACAGCGACGACAGCGACAGCCUCCACUUCCUCCUCCUCUAGUGGCAGACGUAGGAAGGCAGACGCAGCCGCUCCAGGUGAGGACAAACCGGCCCCUAAGCAGCGCAAAUACGAGCGCAAGACCAAGCGCUUCAUUUGGCCCGACGAUCUCCAUCGGCUCUUUGUGGCUGCCAUCUUCGACGGUGCGUGAAUAAAUGCCAAAACCCACUUAUAUAGUAUGAUGGUGACAAUACUGAGACUUUGAAUGCUACAGUUGGUCUCAAGAACGCGUCCCCGAAGGCUCUGCUGGCUCUCAUGGAAGCAGCAGGACCGAACUCCGGACUCACGACGGAGCAUCUCAAGUCUCAUCUGCAAAAGUAUCGCCUCAACUAUGAGCGCUCUAGGAUGGAGUUUCUCGAGUAUUACGACCGCAGUGCUAAGCGCAACCUCAAGCGCCGUCGUCGUCAGGCUCAACAUCGAACGAGUGGCGCUGGUAACGAGGCCAAUACCAUGUUCGUGUUCCCCAUCAGCAACUCCAAGCGUCGAAAGAGCCGAGGAAGCGACAGUGACAGCGACGACAGCGAUUCGGACACUGGCGAUAGUAACACCACUGACAGCAGGUUGGAGGUGGAGACUAAAGGCCAGACAACCCCACAGGGACGACGCGGAUCCCCCGCAGCUGCAGCUAAUACCCAUGCGCGUAGUUUGAAUUACUCGCAGCUCAUGCAGAGUGCACAGCAACCGCCAAUCCUCGACGUAAGCAGCCAUACUCGUCAGCAUCCUCAGAUCCCGACUGAUCGGAUGAUGCCCGUCAUUCCAACACCAGGAUCGACUGGUAUCAUUCCGAUAGCACCUCAGCACUUGCCUCCAGCAUAUGCAGCUCAUAUCCAACGAAAGCAGGCGUCCGACCACGGCCGUGACUUGGUUGCAGCUGCCGCCGCUGUAGCAGCAUAUCGCUACCCGUUAGGACAGUUACCUGUGGCCUCGGGAGUGGCUGGGAUGCCGGAGCUUUCUGACCCCCAGUGGAGCAUUUUGAACUCCCUUAUGUCUCCGCAGUUAGCUGGUAUGACUGGGCCUGUAGGUGAAGGUGGUCUUCUUCCACAUGCAGCUUCGAGUGAGACAAUGGCUCGUGGUAGUGGCGCUGAUGGAUUCAUGCUUCAAGAGGAACCAACCGAUCUACAGAUGCAGAUGCACUUAGCCAUGCAAGCUCAGAUGAACCUUCAUCGCCAGAUGCUCACGCGCAAGGUGGAAGUGGCCCAACACCUCGCUCGUCAUAGCAGUAUGGGGAGUAUGGAUACCAACGCUGUUCCGAACAAUGCAAACAGAUCACAGAGUGGAUUUGGCGAGACGUGGAAUAGCCCACAGCAGCUCCAACAGUAUCAGCAACAGCAGUCGAAACAGGAACAGCAACCACCUUAUCAGCAGCAGAUGAAUCCUCGGGCCCCGGCAACAGCGACGCCGGUACCAGUGCCCGGGGCAGGUGUGUCUGCUGAGGCGAUAGUGAUGGCCCCCACAGCCAGCGAAACUAUGGUAGUCUCAACUUCAGUAGCUGAUAAUGAACCUGUAGCCACGGACAGUAGUGCAGCUGGCGUGACAGCAGAGACGAAGAGUGACGACGACGGAAUGGAUCUCUAUCGUUGGGACCGCAUUGAUCUCAAUGUGGAACUGGACGACGACGAUCUUUUCGGCUUCCUGAAGUCGUAAGGGGAAUGCGUACACUUCUUCGCUUCUGGGUUUGACGUAGUGUAUGCACAUGUGGUAAUAAUGAAAAAAAAAGAGUGUUGGCGUCGCAUAUGCUGCCAAUAGUUUUCUACGUAGACAGGAGUGAGGAGCAGGGAGGGGUCGCAAGUGGGUGAUGUAUCGUGUGGAAGUACAUCUACCAGGGAGCGACCAGCAGGAUGUCGAGCAGCAGCAUCGCGAAACGUAUGAGACCUGUAAGCAAUACUGCGAAGUAACUUAGAGUGACGAGGAUACCUGUAACAAACAUGCAGGAGCUGCUUCUUCCUUUGGUACUUCACUGUUGUUAACCUGGUAGAAUCUACUGAUGGGGCCUUAUCAGUAAAGAGGAACGUUGACCCUAAGAUUUCCUGUUCUUCAUAAUACCCGUUUCCACUCC